AUGGACCCACUCAGCAUCACAGCUAGCGCUAUUGGCAUCACAGCAUUCGCUACAAGUAGCAUUGUGCAGCUGCGCAAUAUUAUCGACGGCCUCUCCGAAGCUCAAGAUGUAGUGGCAGACGUUGCCUCUAGCCUGGCCAACAUAGAGCGUCCGCUAGCUGCGCUCGAACGGCUCAGCAUCUCGGACGAGUCUACCUCAGUCGCCGCCAAGGAGGACCUUAGAAAGGCUGGUGUCGCUGAGGCGGUCAACGAAUGCGGCAAUAUCUGCAAUAAGUUUAGUAAGAACCUGUCCAAGUGGACCAAACAUUCUAGCAGCACGAAGCUCUCUCUUAGGGAUCGACUCUCGGUUGGUGUGUGGAACAGAGAAAAGAUUCGUACCCUCAACACGCAGCUGCAAUCCAUGGUCCAACUACGGUCCGAGAAGACGUCUGAGACUGAUCGCGAGAACGUGAAGAGGCAGCUGCAGACUCUUGAGACCAAGAUCCAGGAACAUCUCGAUCUCACCAAGCGGCAGCAAGACCAAGCUCUGGAGAGGAAAAGGGCGCUAGAAGAGGAGCCGGAAGACGAGGAAGACGGCGGUGCUCAGCGAAUGCUGGCCAUCAAGGAAGUCGAACAGCAAUCACGCCUACUCGAAGCCGACCAAGUGUCUUGCGGAGUGGUCUUCUCGCAGGUACGGUCCAAACGGAGCGGUCAAGAGAUCAGCAACAUCAUCACUUUAGACAAUUCUAAGGCGCUGGUGGGGCUGCUGGAGAGCGUUAUAGGGAAGAUUAACUAG